AUGACAGUGACCGGAAGUAAUUCAGGAAUAGGAGAGUCAACAGUAUUGUUAUUCUCGGAAUUGGGGGCCAAAGUAGUGGUGACGGGAAGGGAUGCCGACAAGAAUCAAGUCGUGGCCAAUAAAUGCCAACAAAUAUCACCAAAUAAUUAUAAGCCUCUGACAGUAGUGGCAGAUCUGUCAAAAGAGCAUGAUGGAAACAAAUUAAUGGAUGCAGUUAUUGAGCAUUAUGGACAAUUAGAUGUAUUGGUGAACAAUGCGGGUAAAGGUGGCGGUCGUCCCGACGAGACAUUACAGGAAUUGGAUCAAUACUAUAAUAUAAACCUUCGAUCGGUUUAUCAGUUGUGUUUGAAAGCAAAGCCUCUUCUUGAGAAGACCAAAGGCUCUAUUGUCAACAUUUCAAGCAUUAAUGGACUCAAACCUUUCCCAAACGUAUCGUAUUGUCUAUCAAAGGCUGGACUGGAUAUGCUUACCAGAUGUCUGGCCAUGAAUUGGGGACCCAUUGGUAUCAGAGUUAACGGUCUUAAUCCGGGACAAGUGGACACUCCUAUUUGGCACGAAUCAACAACUAUGACAUCUCAACAGAUCCAUGACAUGUGGAAAGCAGUUGAUAUGAAAUAUCCGGUGAGACGACGCGGUUAUCCCGAAGAUAUUGCAAAAGCUAUUGCUUUCCUGGCGUCAAAAGAUUCGGGUUUUAUAACCGUAGUGUUAGUGACGGGUUCGAGCUCUGGUAUCGGCGAAACCACUGCACUCUUGUUCGCAAAACUUGGCGCUAAAGUUGUGGUCACCGGAAGGGAUGCCAACCGUGUCGAUGAUGUGGCCAAUCAAUGCUAUCAAAUCUCGCCCAAUAAGUUCACGGUAUUGAAAUUUGUGGGCGAUUUAGGAGAAGACGAGAGCGUAGAUGCGUUAAUGGAUCUGAUUGUGAAGACUUACAAUCAGUUGGAUGUUGUCGUCAAUAACGCCGGCAGAGGAAUAGAUCGGAACGAGACUUUGAUGAAGUCUUUUGAUGACUUGCAUCGAGUGAAUCUCAGAUCUAUUUAUCGCAUUUGUCUCAAAGCUCAGCCUUUACUUGAAAUAUCGAAAGGAGUUGUUAUCAAUAACUCGAGUAUCUGUGGAUUAAAACCAUUUCCAGAGAUGUUGGCCUACUGUACAUCCAAAGCA